CAUCUGCAGUGUUAGUUUCAUCUCAUUAUCAUGAAUAAGCACAAGAAAGAUGUGGCAUCAAGCAGUGGAAAACAUAAGAAAACACCAGAACAAAAGAGAAUAGAAAAACUGGAAGAGGACGGAAAAGAAGUUUACAAGAAUCUCGGUACCUAUAGUCCACCUCUUAUGAUACCUCAAGCGCCGAACCUUUCCAAUUACAUUGAUAAAUACGAUAAGGACUCUCAGCUCAGUAAGAGUAACCUCGCCAGUCAACAACGUCAGCAGGAUUAUGAAGCAGAGGUUGAGGUAUAUCGAGGAUUAGAGAGAGUAAAUGGGGAUUUUAUUGUCAUUCAAGGUUUGAAGUACACGCACGGAGAUUAUACGAUGUUCGUCGGAGAGCAUUUGUCUAAAAGGAAGGCUGGUGAAGUAUGCAAGAUGAAGAAUAAGGAGACAGAGGAGGAAUGUGAUUUUGUCGUGAUUGGGGAGAACUAUGCGAUAGUUAUCGAGGUUAAAAAUGUAGGGUGUAAAGAUCGCGCGCAAGGUGUCGAAAAAGCCGAAAUUUAUUUAAACAAGACAUUUAAGGAUUCAGUAGACCAGCGAAGUAGAACGGUCAAACUAAUCACAGGCAUAAGCAAAGAAGCUGCUGUACUCCAAUUUACGGCUUAUCCAUAUUUAAGCCACCAAUUCAAAAACCACUUUCAGGUAACUGAAAGUGAAUUAUCAUCAAUUAUCUUCCAAGAGGACAUUAAAAAUAUUCGCCAAUGGUGGAAAGACAAUGUUAAAUUCAGUUUGCAUUUGCCACGCUCAUUGUCUCCGAUCAAGCCACAACAAUUUCACAUGGAUCGUGUUGAUAAAGCCGCUGAAAUUUUGUCGUCUGUUUAUUGGUUUGUAGAUUGGCAGGAGUUGUGGGAACUAUCCGGACCAGCUGAUUUCCCGAUGCUCUUCACUCUCGUUCUUUUGCAAAUAAAAGAAAUCAUCCAUCAAGAGGGAAUAUCUAGGCUCACAAAAAGCAGCAAUGUUGUGCGUCCUUGGAUUAUCUCGCAAAUUUAUAGACGUGUGGAGCAGAUUUUAGUUGCCUUGUGGUGCACGGAAAAAAAUAAAUGUGACACACGAAAAUGCACUUUAGGGAGAACUAUUAAUGCAAUCGAUAAAGGGCUAAAAGAUGGGGACUUUACGUUUCACAGUAAAAACCGUGAUCCUAAUCCAGCAAUAGCCUCAGAGACUCCAGAUACGAUCAAAAACUCCAUCGGAGUUAAUAAUCUGACAAUCGAACAACUUGCCAUCCUGAAAUCUGAGCAGAAGUUAAUGUGGAUAAACGGGCCUGCGGGUUCAGGGAAAUCUGUUAUCAUGUGUGGAAAAAUAUUAGAACUAGCACUUUCAGAUGAUCAGAACAAAAUCUCAGUAUUCUUCUUCCCUGGUCCGGGUAAUCCUGUUAACAUAUAUGAGAGUGCAUUAGAAAAGGCAGGGGUUGCAGCUGAAACUGUUGUGUUCGAUGGGUGGAAAAACGGUUGCGAGGAGAAACUAUGUGAGCGGGAACUUGAAAUGAUGUCAUUGUACAAAGAAAAUAACCAAGUUGUCAUCAUAAAGCUGCAGCAGUACCUCAAUUUUCAUAAUAGAUUCGAAAAACUCAUUCAGUUGGUAAAAACUCAAAAAGGCAGUAACAUAUUCAUAGAUGAUGCCCAACUCGUAGCAUUCCAUAACUCUACUGAGAAAUCUAAAGAGUUUUCUAAGACCCUGGUAGAAUUUUCUCGAAGUAACUUUGUUUGGGUGGCUUGUGACAUAGCACAAAGUCCAACAGACCCAAUGGUUUUUAAUGGCGGAAAAGACGCUAUUCAGAGUACAUUUGUGGGUCAAGUCUAUGAUGAGUGGCAAGUAGGAACUCUCCAUAAAAACCUGAGAAACACAAGUGAACUGGCGGGAAUGCUUGCUCUUAUAAGAGACAUACAAUGUAGAACGCUAUUAAGACACGAAAUAAGAGUAAAUGAGCUUCUUCCAGAACAGGCGCAUGGACAUUUCAUUCACGGGCCACGAACGAAAAUAUAUGUUUUCGUGUAUCGAAAUCACGAUUUGCUUGGUAAACUGAUAUCACAAGAACUAACUGGAUUAUUGGAAGAGAGCGAUUUGAAAGUGUCUGAUAUAGGAGUAGUGUAUACGAAUUAUCGAAUGUUGGACUUAAUUAAAGUUCCAAGUAAUCAUGACACUGAAGAAAUGGGGUUAUGCUGCAAUAAAGAUAGUCCUUCAGCUGAGUGGUCUGCUGUAAUUGGGAUAUUCGGAGUAGAUAAAGUAGACGGAGAUGUGAAGGAAAUAGAUUCGUUGUCUCAACUUUAUCUCAUGAUAUCUAGGGCGAGGGUAAAGUGUACUAUCUUUAUGUAUCUAUACUAGAGAAGGAUGGAUUCUAUUAUGGUCCCAUCAUGUCUGAAUUGUUGUUUAGCUCCAUGUUUAGCUCCCUGGCUAAAGUAACAAGAUGUGGACCAUCUGGUUCGCUUGUUAAAAGUCGUAUUGACCUCCCAUUUUUUCAUUAGUCGUACACAUAUUAUCGACGGUUAAAAAAGAAUUGAGUCAUAAGAUUACAACUUGUAAUGUUUUGUUCUUUUGAUGAAGUAGAUUCAUAGAUUGCUUGAACACGUGUUUAAUAAUAAUUUCAUAAUUAUUGUUAUAAUACUAUUUUACCUAUCUCAAGAAAGAUACAGGAGUCUAUUUCAUAUGGCUCGAGAAAUAUAAUCAACUUGAUGUUUGUCUUACCUAGUUCCAGCAAGAUAUUGAAGUCUAUCUUGGGAUAGGCUUGUGUAAUUGUCUUUACAAUCUGUUUCAGAGUCACUUCAGAGUUGGAAAGGUUGAGUUGAGAGUGUGCAGCUAUAAGGUACACUAGCUGCUUCUCAAUCAUGUAGAAGUUUAUAUUCCACCUGUUGGUUACUGAUAUCAGUUUAAGGAUUUAUAUAAAUGUUAUCAUUUUUCAGUGAAACUUGAUUCAAUAAUUUAACUUUAAAUAUAAUAUAACAGUGUUUACUUUCAAUUUGAGGCACUUUUAAGGAAAUAAUGUAAUUUAGAAGCCAAAUUAAAAUGAUCUAACUUCUUUUUCAAGAGCUCCCAGUCCUGUUCCAGAGUUAUGUAGAAAAUGUUUAAGAGAUAAUCUUGCAGCUUUAUAUUCGUUAUCUGGGAAUGUUAAAUAUGAAAUGUGAACCACAAAUAUAUCAGUGGGGGUUUAGAAUACCGAUAUUAUAUUUAUUGUACAGUUUAUACCCAAAAAUUGAGUACUGAAAUUGGACGAGGCCCAUUCUAUAAAAUCUAUUGUGAAUUCU